GGUAGUUUCCGCCAAUCUCAAUCAUAUGACCUUCGGAGCAAUCUAGCCUUACUCACUCUCGUGAAGUUGGCCAUCGUUAGUAGUCUCAUCCCUAUAGUGGUUAUUUCACUUCUGUCAGAAUGUCUCUUGUAGGAAAAUGGGAAUUUGUGUCCGCCGACAACUUGGAUCAAUACAUGGAGAGCACGGGUGUCCCGGAAGCUCUGCGUGAGGUAGCUCGGAACAGCAAACCUUCCAUGGAUAUUGUUCAGUCUGGGGACAGCUGGUCCAUCAAGACAACCGUCGGUGAAACGGUCAAGGACACGACCUUCAAGAUCGGAGAAGAGUUCGAAUCAAAGUCCCUAACUGGUCAAAAUCUCAAGUGCAUUGUAACUAUGGAGGGUGAUAAAAUGACAGAGGUGCAGACGGCCGGAGAUGUGAAGGUCGUCAUCACGAGAGAAGUGGCGGGAAACGAGCUAGUCUCGAAAAUGGCGUUUGGUUCUGUGGUAGCUGUGGUGAAGUUCGCGAAGGCGUAGGGACCAGGGCAAUGUUUUACAGGUGUAACGGCAUAUAGCAUAAUCAUUCAAUGUUUCCAAUAAAUCAUUAGAUAUUGUUAUCG